GCUACUUUCGCCUACCGCCAACACCCUGCGCCCGAGGAGGAAAGAAUGUUGACUUCACGUCCUUAUUCUAAGUAAGCCAAAUUUCAAGACAAGACCAGCAGAAGACCCACGCCAACCAACCACUGCGAGAGUAGAAUAGAAUAGUGAAGCAGCGGAAUAGGGCGAGCGAGAAAGCGUCAGUAAUUCUCACUUCACAUUCAAUUCACUCUUCCGAUCUGUAUCAACUUCCCCAUCACUCCCAAUUCUCACCCAUUAAAAACGCUGGAUCCUUAUAUUCCAUGUCCCUCAUACACAUAUUUUUUGCAAAUAUUACUCACGACCUAUUAAAUAAUUUCCCUGCUCCCUUCCUUAUGCAAAUCUAGUUAUAAACCUGUUAUAAUCUCGUUAUUUUAAAGAUUAGAGUAAUUCAACUCUCUCGGAAUUUCGCAAGUUAUUAGGCAACCCAUUACUGAUACCAGUACGUGAACUCUUCACGCUGGGCGGAGGGUACUUCCUGAUGAAACAAGGAUAGACUAAUCCAUCUCAAGAACGACUCAAGAAGUGCAUAGUGAAGAACUCGAAAUGAUGAACCUUAUUCUAAUCCUGGCUUUCUCCGCUGUUCUCCCAUCCUCCAUCGUGUGUGGAACCAUUGCGAGGACGUCGAGUGACAUGAAAGCACGACCACCUAUUCUUAACCAAUCUCUUCCACCAUCACCCCUACUGGCAUCACAUUCUAAGAAUUAUAAUUCAUCGCAUCCGGCCUCAAGGAAUCUGGAUGCUCGAGAAAAACGAGAAAUCCCUGCAGAAGCAAACGAUGUUCUUUUCCCGGAUUACCGAAUUUCUGAAAUGAUGCCAAAGAGAGCGGCGGCUGGGCUGAACAAAAUUAUUUAUGUUCUUCGGAAUUCAUUUGACAAGGCUGCCCCAUCAUCUCCAGAAAAUGAUGUAGGUUCAAGGGAAAAUGACAACUUCUCAGGGGAUAUAAACCGAGCCCUGGUCAGGGGAAGCAGUGUUGAUCGGUUUCCAGCUGCACUUGUUGAACGGAGAGGUCAGGCGGCUCAGAAAGACAGGAAAAUCUACCUCAGAUGUUAUUUUAACGCCGUGUCCUGCUUCAGGAAGAAGAAAUGAAACACCGACGAUGACGACGAGCGAAAAUCCACACUUGUUUCCGAACAACAGGUUGAGCAGCCAUCAAAACCACUUUCUUCAUCAUCUUUCUGAAUCAUUUCUCAUGUGUGUGAGCCUGCCCCGACGGUUGUUACAUGACUUUAUUCACCCUUCUUAUCAUACACGUGUGCAUGUCCGUAUGUAUAGCCAUAGGUAGAGUUAUACACAUGUAUUUAGUAGGUGUCAUCAGUGGCCAAGUUAAAUUUUCUAAUGUGUAUUAAAUUUUGGUUAAAUUAAAUAUGAAUUUGUAAAAGGAAUUGAACAUGAUUUUUAAUUUUAAUAAAAUUUAUUUUCUCGCA